UGACUUUAUUAUAUGCUGUCCUUGUAUGAGAAAUAAAGAAGGCCAACCCCCCUCCCUUCUCUCCCUCAUCCUCAUGACUUUAGUGAGAGAGAAUAAGCAGUGAACAGUGGAGGACCUAUACAUACACACUCUGUAUCUACACCCUUGAGUUUAGAAAGAGAAAGUUGCACCGAAAUUCGGUGUGAGAGAAGUUUAAGAUGAAGUACAGUUGGCUCUAUUUGAUCUCCGUUUCAUGAAUUACUCAAAAUUUCAGAAUUUACCAAAAAGUGCGGACCAGUUUCCCCAGCCAAAGCAAUCAAGCUAUACUGACGUACAGAUGUUACAGCGCCAAGUCAUUUCCAAGCAACUGGAGGAACUGCAGAGGAGACAACACCUUCAAGAGUUGAGUAAUAUCAACAGAAACCAGAAUUAUGCAGACCAGCUAUCUUUAGUAAAACAGGCUUCAGGGGUUCAGUACCCUCCUGCAGCUAACAACACACCUGUACUGGAUCCUUCACAAAUGUUUAUGGCGGGCAAUAUGCAAAUGAAACAGCAUAAUGGGCCAAGUGGACUAGUUCUUUCACAAACUCAUAAUCUUGCUCCACAGUUUGACUUAUCUUCGUAUAGAAUUCAUGCUCCAAGAGGUGGUGAGAAUUUGAAUGGCUACUCUUAUGUCCAAGGCCUGGAUAAUCAGAACCAGUCCACCUUUGAUAGCUCAUUUGCGGGUGAAAGAUACAAUUUCUCGUCCCAACAGAUUCAAACGCGAGAUGGUUUGUUGGUUUCGAAUACAGAGGAUUAUUUGUUGGGGCAAGUUCAAACUGGAGGUUCUGAUAGUGUGGUUUUAUCGAAUAAUUAUCACCAACAAGGAUUUACUGUGCAGAAAAAUGCAUCUUCCCUGGAAUCUGCGAAAGGGGAUAAAAAUGCUGCUUCCUUAGAUCCACUGGAACAGAAGAUCCUAUACAAUACAGAUGACUUCAGCUGGGAAUCAACAUUCGGCAGGAAUAACAAAAUGAGUGCAGGAGGAUUUGAUAAAACGGUUGAGAUGCCAUCUAUGCAAAGUGGUAGCUGGAGUGCUUUGAUGCAGUCUGCUGUGGCCGAGACUUCGAGCAGUGAUGCUGGGGUACAAGAAGAGUGGAGCGGAUUGAGCUUUCAGAAUCCAGAACCAUUGAAUGAAGGAGAAAAGCUUCAGAGUGAUUGGGUUGAUAGAAAUUUGCAGAAUGCCUCAUCUCCAAGUUCAAAGCCACAUGAUAUGAUUCAGAACGUUGAUAGCUUCAGUAAUUUUCAUCUCAAACAAGAGGAGGGAUAUCAACCCACAGGUGGCAGUAAGCUGAUUCAAGGAUCUUUAGCUUUCCCAAAUACUUGGCCCGGUGAACGCAUGGAACAUUCAGACCAUGGAUCUCAUCAGAAUAGCAAAUUUUCAUGCACCAAUGAUAUCCAUUCUGGCAAUACCUUCGCAAGUCAUGAAUUUCGAGCAGCGUUUUGGUCUCAAGGGGUCACAUCAGAUCACAUGUCUGGCAUUACAAACUAUACUCAGGUGAAUGGGAUGAAUGAUCGUGGGUAUUCAGUGAAAGCAGAAAAUAUGGAUCCUGAUGCGGUUUCUAAUGCUGAAAAUGUGUCUGAUUCAAGUAAAAGUGUAUUUGAGCUACAUAACAUGGAUAAUGCUUCGAACGAUCAAGCACCUGCAAUGCAGUUGAGCUCAAAAGUUUCAACUCCAAGAAAUUUACCCUACACUUCCCCUACAUCAUUGAAGUUUGGAUUUACGUUGGGGCCCACAGAUCAGCAGUUGACACAAUUAUACUCUUCGUCCUCUUCAUUGCCGAUGGGGAUUUCAAGUGCAAGACCUCCAUCUAAUCAUAUCGCAAGUGAUUACAAUAGUCAGCAUUCAGCUCCUUUGGUUCGAAGUCAGAGGGCUUCUGAAUUCCCAGAGUAUAAUGCUGCAGUCUUUCAUGAAAAUUCUGAAAUGAAAAUUUCCAACUCUAGUGGCUCAGAAGUCCCAAUUUUACAGAAUCAGAAUGUAGGAUUCCCACCUUCUCGAUGGACAGAAAACCAGAGUACUAUUCCUCAUGAAUGUCAACAACUGGAGAAAGAAAAUUCCGUUCUUCAGGGCUCGGCUGAGAUAACUAACACAACAUCACUAAACAGUAGAGCGUACGAGCAAGAUUUUGUGGGAAGGCAUUACUUUGAAUUAAAUUCUCCAGAAUCGGCUUCAUUGAUCACUAACUCACAUGAGCUGGGUUCCGAUCAAGCGGAGGUUAAAACAGAAGCACCUUCAUUUCCUGCUAGAGAAAUUGGUCUAUUUCGCCAUUCUUUGAGUCAAAAUCACUCUCCUUCUAACCAAAUGCUGUCCACAAGGAUCAAUGAAACUGAUGGAGUUAAAAACUUUUCACCGAAAUACGCUAGUAUUCAUAAUGAUCACACGAUUACCGAUGCAAGGAAUUUAUUGUCGAGUGCACUGCAUUUGAAAGAUAGAGCAAAAAGUGAUUCAUAUACAGCAUCACAACUCCGUGUUUUGUCUGGAAAAGCUUCGUCUAUGCCUCACAAUCAGAACUAUUCUCAAGAGGUGGAUAUGUUUUGCCAAAACCGUCCGAUCAGCAUGAAUGACUCUUCUAAUUUGGCAUAUCAGUCACAUAUGAAUUUACAAACCGCACCAUCCUGGCUCAAGCAGUACAAGGCACUGAACAAUGGGAAGAUUCUAUCAAUGCGUGAUGAAGCAGCUCAAAAUAAUGCAGCACAACAGAUGAGUCCUGGGAAUUUGCAGGAUAAUAGUUUGAUUAUGCAAGUGGAUUUGGCUAACACUGGCCAAUGGAGCGGAUUAUGUCGAUCAACAGUUGCCACCUCUGUGGCGAGCAGCAAAUUAAGCACCACUUGUGUUUUGCCCACUUUCCAAAACCUGGCUCGUUCGAUGCCAAAGAAACGUAAAUUUGCUGAAUUUGAUAUGAUACCCUGGCAUGAAGGAGUAAAUCACGGACAAUCGAGUCUCCAUGAUAUCAGCACCGCUGAGUCUAUAUGGGCUCAAGCUUCGAAGAGAAAACCAGAAGAGGCAAGUAAUGCAGCUGUAAAUGUAGAAGAAUUGCUCCCAGUGAUUCGAGCAAAAAAACGGCUUAUGUCUACAACACAACUUAUGCAGCAGAUUUUCCAACGGACACCAGUAAUUGUUCUCUGUUCAGAUGCUAGUCUCAGUAGUGAUAGUGUGGCAUAUGUGGUGGCUAGAUUAGAGUUAGGAGAUGCAUUGAGCCUGACUAGUCAGUUGGCAUCCGACACCAAUAACAUGUCACCGGAGAAGCUAAGAACUUCAAAGGAAACAAAAGCCUGCAAAUUCUCAGAAAUUGUAAAAGCCUUCAUUGGUCGCGUAGAAAAUGUUGAAGCUACUUUAUCAAGAGUUGACAAAAGCUUAUCACUCGUUGACUUCAAAGUCGAAGCUCGUGAAUUGGAGAGAUUCUCCACAAACAACCGUUUCGCAAUGUUCCACACUGUUCGAGCCCCACCUAUCAAUGCCAACAAUGCAUCAUCUUCUCAUAUAGCCACUUUGUUCAACCCCGCCCUUCAAAAAUAUGUAAUUGCACGUGCACUGCCUGAAAUAUUGCCAGAUGGGCAAAAUUGUCUUUCCCUGUGAUCAUCGGCCAAUCAAAAAUCAUAUAUGCAGCUUGAUACUCGACAAGGGGAUUAAAAAGCUCUGCCAAGCAAAUGCAAGUUAGUUCAGAUAUUGUGAUCAUGAAAAAUAAGGACACUGUUGUGAUUGGAUUCCAGCAAAAACCUUUUUUUCUUUCUCCAACCAAAAGUACAUUAUUUUUUCAUCUCAGGUUGUCUCUUCUUCCCUCCUCUAUGCUCACUAUACAAUUUGCAAUUUAAUUAUUAAUCCAUUAAUAUACAUUUGUCUAUAAAAUUUAAUUAUUAAUCCCUUAGCAUAUUUAUAACUAUCAAUCAUUAUUCUACCUUGUUCAUCAUGUUAAAAUAAAUUAUUACUUUGUAUAUCACAUCAUUUCAUCUUAUAAAAAUCAACAAUUUUUCACUGUCUUUAUUUGUCCAAACAUUUUUCCCCAACAAAACCAUAUCCAAUAACCCUCAACUUUAAGAUAAUGUAUUUUGACUUUUCCUUGCUGAAUACAACUCUGCACUUGUGUUUUUAGAUUAUUGGUGCAACUGUUUUCUUUUUCCAACUACCAGUGUAAUAAUAUCACAUUGGUUUGUUAUAUAAUUUUGCCUCAAAAAGUACACCUGUGUACUAUGGAAACUAAGUUUUCUGAGCCCUUAUUUAAAUUAUAAGGCGUACGAGGUUGUUUCCCUCGACAGUGAUUUUGUGGGUCACGAGUUCUGCCACAAAUAUUUUUUGUUCAUAGGUCUGACUUACUUGGCCUCGAAAAGGUCAGAGUAAAGAUUAACAUUGGUUGGAUUUUGCCAGCCUUCUUUCUCAUUUGUCCACUUCCCUUUCACAGACUAGAUACUUUGUCACAGGGCUGCUGCCACGUAAGCUUGCUGUUAUAAGUAACCAUCAAAAAUGAUUUUUGUCCUGUCUGUCAUCAUCAAAAUCCCCAAGUACAAUAUGAGACAAACAAAAAGGAUAAGAAUUUGUUUUUUGGCAUUUUCGUACCAAUGUAUUUUUGUUAAGUUAUUGAAGAUGGAGAAAAGUAAGAAAACUGUAUAUGAUAGAGUGCUGUCAGUAAGGGAUUGGCGGGCACUGGCAACUUUUAUUUUUAUUUUUUUCCAAUUAUUUUGCUUAUUUCAGUAGACGAUGAAAUAAUAAUCAAACUUUUGGCUGCUGACGACAUACGUAUGACUGAUUUCUGUCACAUUCUGAAACGCGUGAAAGCUCAUUUAUUUGGGACUGAG